AUAUACUCAUUGCCGGAAGACAUGUGUCAUACACGUGUAGGUGGGCGAUUCUGGAUUCAAAAGCCUCGUCUCCCACCCCUCGACUUCUCAGAAACCCCCCUUCCUCCCUUCCCCCCUUCCCCUCGAUGGCCAGUCAGCAGGAUAGCAGUUUCGUUGCCCUUAGGCACCAUGACGAGUACCAUCUCUCAGGCGGGGACUUGUUCUUCCUCGUCGAGCAAUACCAUUUCCGUGUCCAUCGAUACUUUUUCGAGCGAGAAUCCACAUUCUUCAAACACCAGCUGGCAACGCCAGCCUCUCCAGGCGAAGAACGUCAAGGGACUUCGGAGGGAACCGCCAUCGUCCUAGACCACGUCACCCCUGCAGAAUUCGCGAGAUUCCUAUGGGUGUUCUACAACCCGUCAGUCGUGAAGUGUGUUUUUUCCCGUCACCCAGCUCUAACGUCUAACCACAGUAAAUACUCGCUCUACGAUGCCUCUGUCGAAGACUGGGCGAUCAUUCUCAAGCUCGCGGAUCGAUGGUGUUUCCCCGAGGUCAAGAACCUUGCCGUCCGAGAGCUGGAAAAGCACCUCAUGGACGAUAUCGACCGAAUCGUUGUCUACCAGAAAUACAAUGUCGACAAGCAUCUUCUGAUCCCCCGUUACGCCGCCCUUUGUGCGCGAACGGAGACCCUGACGCUGGCGGAAGGAAUUCGGUUGGGCAUGGAGACAGCGUUGAACAUUGCUCGGGCGCGAGAAUGUGCUCGUUCGCCGUCCGUUGACGGACUGCGCAGUCCCACAUCCGUCGCACUCCCAUCCGAGGAGAUGCACGGCAUCAUAGUAGACUUGUUCAGUAUUUCGGAGGCGCCUGAUUCCGUAUCGAAGGGCCAAGAGAAUGGUUCGUCAACGGCAUCGUCUUCUACAACAGGUGGAUCGGAGAUGCGGCAACCAAGAACACCUCUAACGGAGACUCCUCCCCCAAGCCAAACGGGAAACCCGCCAACAACGCUGACAAAAACGGACGAAACAGUCCUGUCACCGGUACCGGCCGUAGAGGGGGACGAAAGUCCUGAUGAGGUCGCAUUUGAAGCUGACGAGAACGAAGAAUACUGGGAUGACACAGGCUCGGAUUCAGACACUCAUGUCGAUAAUGCUGGUGUGGAUAGCGAGAAGGUUUACGGUGAUGUUGAUGAUGGUCCUGUUGAAAAUGUUGUAGAUCCUCAGGACAAUGAUGACGCUCGUGAUUUGGACAAACAGCUACAUGACCCCACUCCCGACGCAGGCGUUGGAGAUGCCCCACCCGAGAGUAGUGCGCAAGACAGCAGAGAUGACAAUGAUGCUGGUGCUUCGCAUGAAAUCAAUGGCGAACCUGAUCACGGAGAUGGCGGGGGAGAUGGACAGGAUGAUUCUAGUAUUCCAUCUAACGAGGAAGUGGAGAAAGACGGGGAGCAAAGUACUGACGUAACUCUUGAUGCUACCUCGGAGGUGGCGGAGAGGAAAGAAGAUGACGGAAGCGUUCCCAUUGGAGAACCCGUAUCUUUGCCCAACCCGACUGUCGAUUCUUCUUCUGUACCUGAAACCCGGGCUGAUGCUGGUCAUGGGUCCGGCGACGACUUUCCAUUUGACUUUAUUGAACCGUCUGGACUAGGGUCUAUGCCCAAGUUCGAUUUCAAUUUUGAUUCCACAUUUGAUCACAUUGAUAUUCCCAAUAUCACCGUUCAUUCUCCUACUGCUUCUCACGCUGGAACGGAGGCUGGGGACGAAUCUAUCGAAGCAGGGAUGGAUACUAAGGGUAGGGACCAGGAAUCAGAAGGGGAUGCGAAGGAUGCCGCGGUGUCAUCUUCUGACACCGUUACGGAUGCUGGUGGGCCUGAAGGCGCCCUGACGACAGAGCCUGAUGCCGGAAUUGCGGAGGGUACCAAUGCAGAGGGAAAUGAAGACGAUGCUUCUAACGGUGAUGACCCCAACCACACCCCUCCUCCUUCUGACGAGACCACUCCUGAAGCGGAGGAUGAUGAUAACGGCGCCGCAUCGGGAGAUGAUAGCAGUGGGAUUACCGACCCUCUUGCUCCCGAAUCUAAAGCCGACGAAGCGACUCCCAAACCAGAAGAGAGCAGUAGCACCGCAGAAGGAAACAGCGACGAUUCCCCUGCUCUUCCUACGCAAGAUUCUAGCGCAAAUGAGACUGCUCCUAAACCAGAGCACGACGGGGAGCCAUCCACCGUACCCGCCGACGAAGAUCCUGCCUUCCCACAGACAGCCAAAUCGACAGAAGAGGAUGUGGGGACGGACACCAAAGUGCCGUUCACUGCAGACACACCCGCGUUUUCAAGUGAUCCUCCUGCCGAUAGCUCUUCUCCUACCUUACCCCCGCUACCGCCUGAUGACGAUCUCCUUGAAGGCCAUGACACUCCUGGUAGAACCAGAAGGCCUACCUUGAGUAUUGAUACAGCUCAAUUUUGGGGAAAAGACGUGCUUGGACCAACGCAUGCUGGUCAUGCAACUGGGGAGAACGGAGAUGGUCAGCCUGCCGAUGCAGAAGAGAAGGGGGCCACUCCGGUGGUGAACCCAAUCGAGCCUCCGCCCAUUGUUCAGGAUGACGUUCCCACUGACUUGGAUCCCUUGGUAAUGGCUGCGAAUCUCGCUCUGCCUGAGGAAUCAGAGAGUGAAGACGAUCCAAAUGAACAGUUUUAUGACUCGCCUGAAGGUCCUGCUGCGCUGUGACAAUCCUAAUUCUGUAGUCUCGUUAUAAUCCCGUUUAUCAUAUGUAGCCCUUUAUACUCAUUAGGAACCACCAUAACAUAUAUAAUAUAUUCAUCCUACCGUCAUUGAUUCACAGCUAAUACGCUAUACAUAAGUAUCGUCCGCGACCUCGGAGCAAACCAACCUGUUGUCCAGCAUAGUAGCCGUCGACCCACUUGUGACAUCUGAAGCUUAAGUAUUAGCGUAGUCCAUCUCUUGCACACCGAGCGUAGAUUCUUUCAAGAAUUGAAUAUUGA